ACCGACGAGGCAAAGGAUCAUCGGUGACACAUCCAGUCACGCUUCAGCCAGUUUUCCCACCGGCAAUACCUGCACGCGGUGUUGGCAACAUACUUCCGGUUGACUGACUACGAAGCCACAAACCAACCAGAAAACCCCACACUUUGGAGUUCUGGAUCAUCUCACUGUUCAUCUCUGGCAACGUCCAAUCAUUGACCCGAAGUCGCCAGAUGCAAAGGAGUUGUAGGUUACUCGCAGAAUCUCUUGCCGCAAGGCCCUCCCUGGAUCUUCGCAGGGCAAGCGCGACCUUAUACCCGCCAAUACCCCUUUACCGCAGAUUACUGCGAGCACAUAGGAAUCUUCCUCGAGAGAUGCGUGCUCUCGGGGACGGAUAUGUCAAGGCAGAAUUUCGACUCCACAGGGAAGUUACUAAUCCAGUACACGUAAUGGGCUUCCUCACACAGUGGAAGAGAUACCUGGACGAGCUACCACGGGACCCAAGCGCGAAGAAUUUCAAGAAGCUCGAUUCCACAAUCUUCGAGAAAAUGUCUCCGGAGCAAUUGAGUCAGUUGUACGAAUUGAUGCACGCGACAAGAGGCGUUUGGAAACCAGUAUCAAGUGAGAACGGGGUCGAGGAUUCUAGGUCGUAGCUUUGGUGUUAUAUUGGCCAAUAUUAUACACAUGCUAUGCUAGUAGCGAGUUCCAAAGGCCGAUCGGGAGGAAGAAACUCUCAUGGUGAUCUCGUGGUCACU